UGAACAGAGACUGCGGACACAGUACAGGAGAUGGACCAGAGACUGCGGACACAGUACAGGAGAUGGACCAGAGACUGCGGACACAGUACAGGAGAAGGACCAGAGACUGCAGACGCAGUACAGGUGAUGACCAGAGACUGCGGACACAGUACAGGAGAUGGACCAGAGACUGCGGACACAGUACAGGAGAUGGACCAGAGACUGCGGACACAGUACAGGAGAUGGACCAGAGACUGCGGACACAGUACAGGAGAUGGACCAGAGACUGCGGACACAGUACACGACAAUGGACCAGAGACUGCGGACACAGUACACGAGAUGGACCAGAGACUGCGGACACAGUACAGGAGAUGGACCAGAGACUGCGGGGACAGUACAGGGGAUGGACCAGAGACUGCGGACCUUUAGGGAGGGAGGGGGAGCGGCUGGGUGCCCACUGCACAUGCGCGAGA